AUGGAUAGAAACCCUAUCCAUCCACCACUUCCUGCAAGGAAUGACUAUGAGAUCAAGCCUCAGAUCAUAGCAUUGGUUAGACAGAACCAAUUCAAUGGCCUUCCAGCUGAGCAUCCUCUUGAUCACAUAGAAAACUUUGAAGAGAUUUGCAGCACUACAAGAUCCAAUGGAGUCUCUGCUGACUACUUGAAGUGCAAGCUCUUUUCAUUCUCUCUUGGCGACAAAGCUUCAAGAUGGUUGAAGUCUCUGCCAGCUCACUCCAUUACCACUUGGGAUGAGUACAAGGCGCUUUCAUCAACCACUUCUACACCAAGCAAAGAUCAGUUUCUGGACUGCCCUAAUCAUGGUUUCAAUGAGGGAAACCUAUGGAACAUCUUCUAUCGUGGCAUAGACCACAAGUACAAGCUUUCAUUGGACACUGCAAGCAAUGGAAACUUCAUGACCAAGACUGUUGAUGAAGCUAAGGUUCUUAUUGAGAAUCUUGCAGCUAGUGAUUGUAACAAUUGUCCUGAUUAUGACCGCUCAAGCCGCACCACUACUAGCUCCCCUGAUUCUUUUCAAAUGACUGAACUCAAGAACAUGAUGGCUCAAGUUCUUAAGGGACAGCUCAAGCAUAUCAAUGCAAUAGAAGGGAUGAGUGAUGCUAAUGAAGACCCAUCAAGAGAAUGCAUGGGAGAUUUCUCUAAUGAAGCCAAUGAAGAAGAUGUGAACUACAUUGGAAACUAUGGGAACAAGGGAUACAAUCCAAGCUAUCGCCCAAACCCCAACAUGUCUUAUAGAAACCCCAAUGUGGAGAAUCCUCAAGACCAAGUGUAUCCUCCAAGGUAUCCACAACAACAAAGACCUCCUUACCAAUCUCAAGGAAGUCAAUUUCAGCCAAGGCAAGGGUAUGAGCAGAGAUCAUCAUAUCCGCCCAAGGAGCCAUAUGCUUCUUCACCAAAUCAAGCUCCUCCAAACCAACAAGGUGGAAGAUUUGAAGGAAUCCUCCAACAGAUCAUGGAUGGCCAGAAGAGAAUACUAAAGAGAUGUAUGAGAAGAUGGACACUUUGUUCAGCAAUCUCAACACCAAGUAUGAUGCUGUUGCCACUCAUGUGA